AGCGUUGUUGCCGUGGUGACGGCAGUUUGUUGUUGAAUAUAGGCUACUUCGUUAGCUAACAGAUGUGCGUUAGCUGGUUGAAUUAGCCGCAGAAAUGGACUUACCUGCUUCAUAUUACGGGGAAGUUGACAAACGAAACCCAGUUGUUAUAGCCUUUGAACGAGACAUGAACUCGUUUAUGUCACUGAUGAGACGAGUCGCCUCUACAAACAUCCAAGACAACGGCUCUUAUACUAAAGGGAUUAAAAUCCUAGUGGAGAUAUGGAAAAACUACAAACAUCGACUACCUUCGAAGUUGUACCAGGAGAGGAUGUUGCAGAUUGCAGAUUUUCUCUUUGGGAUAAAGUUGUACCAGCUAGCUCUUUGGCAGGGCUACAGUCUCUACCUGCUGCAGUUUAAUUCAGUGAAAAUAACUGACAUCACCGAUGUGGACCACUUCAUGACCUGCUUCUUUCCUGAAGGUUUUGACACAGACCAAGAUAUAUUUGCAAUGAAGAUCCGUGCAAUGCAGGGCAGUGUCAUGUGUAUAUUUGAGCUGGAGAGAAGACACAGCGUUCUCAGCCAGAAGGGACUUUGCAAACUGCUGCAUUUGCUGAACUUCAUCAGAAUCAUGAUGCAGUCAUUUCAGCAACAUGAUCAACUCUGCUGGCAUUUGUAUAAUGGCUCAUUAAAAACAUACACCAUCUGCCGUUACCUGAUGACAAUGAACUGUAGUGCACAGGCACUGGAGUACCUUCUGUAUUCAAGCAACAGUUUAGAGCUGUCUGUUCCGCUGAUGACUGCGAAGUAUCUGCCGUGGAUUGUCACUCUUUACUGUGCUGUCUGCCACUGUUACUAUGACAACAAGGCUGCAGUGCAGGCGGAGGAAUUUUGGUUGGCGCUUGGAAAAAUCAAUGAGCUAGCAGAGGUGGAGAAGCAGAAUGAUGUUCCUGAGACUCAGAGAGCCUUCAAAGAAGCCUCUAUUAAGCUGGCUGCCAUGAUAUUCAAGUGUACCGUGUUUGAGGCCAAAAGGAGACCCAAAUCCAUAUACAGAACCAAAACCAAAAGCAACUUGAAGGACAUACCCAAUGUGCCAUGGCCUCGUAACACAACAGAGCGCAUGCUAAUGGGCCAGUUUGACAGCAGUGCAGCGCAGUUCUUGGGCAUCUUGGAAGCACUUUGGGACAGCAACGGACACCCGCUGCAGACGCGGAUGCCAGAUGAACCAGAUCUGCAGGAGGUGAUCCUGGAACUCCUGUCUGCUGGCAUCAGUAUACUAUCUGGAGCCCAAACUACUAGUGAGUCUCGUGUGAGUCUCAAUGCAUUGACACCAACAUCCACUCUAAUGGAUUUAGCCAUUACAGGAGAAAACAAAAUACCCAUUUUGUCUGCAGUGAGGUUUAUUAAGAUCUUGUUUCGGUACAAGCAGCCUGAUGCGUUCACUGACCUGGCAACUGAGAUGCUGCAGGUUUUGUCUGGUCUGGAAGGUCAGUCAUUCAGGAGGGCAGAGCUGGAGCUUGCCUUACUUGACAGUUUCAACGGUCUGAUGGAACGGAUUGAUGGUAGCAAAAACAGACAUAAGUCCUCAUUCUCAAUGAGUGAUCAGUUCAUAGGGCUGGUAGCCACCCUGCACACGUCUGUUUGUGGCUCCGAUCCUGAUGUGCAGCCAGAUGGGGAUCUGGUUUUAGAUGUUGUGUUGUUUCUGUGGGGUAAAGUGAAGCUGGUGAUCCAGAGGGAUCAGCUGCAAAAUCCAAAGUUCACAUGCGACCUUGCGAACGUAGAUAAUUAUGACAAGUGGCUGUUGUGUCUGUUUAUGCUGUGUGAGGUGGCCUUUGCCUGUGACCUAGCAGCUGUUGACUGCAUAAUGACGGCAGAGAUGAUCCACACAUUGGCCAUACUGCUGGAGAACGUAGCUGAACACAGUGAUAAAUGUACAGGAGCGUGUGAAGCAGACUUUGAGGUUGUGAAGCCAAGCUCUUUCUCUCUUCUUGAGAGUUCAAGUACAGAGCUUCUUCAGAAGGUGUGUGAGGUGGUGGAGAGAGGUCUUGAUGCUCUGGCAAAGGGUGUAGCUACAAUGCUACCUCAAGAUUGUUCAGCAGUCACUGACUCUGCCUUCAUGCAGAUAUUGAGUCCUCUCUCUCCAACGCCUCCCUCCAUAUCUUCUCCGACGCCAUCAGAAGAGGGACAUGAAGAAAAUGAAAUAAAUGAGAAGGAAAAAGAAGAAGUGGAAGCUACGGUAGAGGCAGAUAUUAAAGGUCGUCAACACACUCAGUCCACACAUGAGUUCCUGCUGGCUACAGACCUUCAUCUAGAGCUAGACAUCAUCCACCACAGGGCUUCCCUCAAGUUACUGCAGAUGAAUGCAGUUGCAGAGUCUCAACUGUUGGAUCGGAUCAAGAAGAACAAGGUGUCCAAAGCUCUUUUCCUGAUCCAGAAAGCCUCGCUGGCGUACAACAACAUGGAGCCAAAUAACAGCAACAAAGCAAAGAAUCUGCUUGAGGAGGCCUCCACCCUGAUAGAGAAAGCAGUGGUGGAAGAGAGAAAAUUGUAUAUCUCCACUUUUGCAAAGGCUCCAGCUGAAAACAAAGAUAAAGGGAUGAAAGAGAAAGAAGAAAAUCCUCCGCCUCCCCCCAUCCUGCUCUCACGCACUGACAACUCCUUUACCUUUACCCCAGCGCCUUUCAACUUGGAGGAACAAGUGUGCUGGUACCAGCUCUGCGGCCGUGCAGCUGAGGGCAUUAACCUGAAAGUCCGUCUGGGAGACUGCAGCCUGCCAGGAACUGGAAAUAUGGUACCUGCAGUAUCUGGUGAGUGUGUGCUGAGGGUGGAGGGGCUGGAGCCCAACCAGAAGUAUGUGUUUGCUGUAGCAGCUUACAGCAGCCAGGGCAAGCUACUGGGCAACAAUAUAGGAGGGUCAACAUUCCCGCUGCUGGCAUCCUUGCCGUUACCACUGCUCUCCACAUGGGCUAACUUGGCACAGGUGGCAUUUCAAACCGAGCAGUAUGCAGUAGCAAAGAGAGCCUGCAGAGCACUGUGGAUCCACUACACUGACCCGGACCCUGGGUCCCAAAGAACACAGGACAGACUCGCUAUCACAGGACUGCGUGUCCAGACCCUGCAACGCUCCUCUCCUCACCUGCGUCAGUUGUUCAUCAAUUCUAUCUUCAUUGAGACAGAGAUCAACAUUCAGCAAGGAUCGCUCUAUUGUCACUCAUUCAGUGACACUGGACCGUUUAUCUGGGAAAAGGAAGCCAGACUGGCAGAAUGCGAGCGAAUGCUGGUGGCCAUAGACCUGGCAAUGUGGUUGAAUGAUGGUGGAGCUGCUUUGCAAGCUGUAGUUAGCUGUUAUGGUCUCUUGGCACCUCUAAUCUUCCAUCAGAUCACUUGUGACCGUGUUGUACAGGUGCUAAAAAAAUGCUUGAUAGUUCUGGAGGAGAAUUCAGGUCUUCUCAAACAAAAAUGGACUGGAAACACCGCCGAGUCGUUUAUGCACAUGAUAGCCUGCAUCACCUACUACCUGUCCAAGGCGUCACGUGUGCUCAGGGAGCAUCAGAUGGCCUCUGCAGUGAUGGACUGUGGUCGCACGCUGCUCCAAGAGGUCUAUGAUGCCCAGCUGCAGAUCACUCGACUUGCCAAUAAAGCUUCCAAGAAACAUGCGGCAAUCAAGGGUGAAAUGAAAAUAACAAGUCUUCAGCUGAAGGCACUGCAUCGGAAGAACAAGAAAAUAAUCACACCUGAAGCAGUUCUCACCGCAGACAAUGAGAUUGCACGUCCACUGACUGGCUGUGAUGAUCCCACCACAUUGUAUGAUCUGAUCUCCAACAACACAUUAAAGGAUGUCUAUCAAGAUCUGAUGAAGCUCAGACACAAGGUAUAUUUUACUGAGUUUGCAGCACUACUUCUCCAGAGAACCAUGGAAGAGGGCCACCCAGACCUUGUGUUAAAGUGGGGGCAAAGCAUGUUUGAAUUUCUUUCAAGGCGUGAUGAGGUGUUGGGACUGUCCACAAAGUGUUUGAAGGGAAACAGUCAGAGUAAAAGAAAAAGUAGUGGUCAGGCUUCGAAAGGAACGGAAUCGCCACAGAAGAACAAGAACACACCUUCACACGAGGAUGCAAGAAAGAAACUAAAGCAGAACAUGCCACAAAGCAUGCUUCAGAGAGUGAGAACGAACAGGGAUAUGCAGGCUAUAGAAAACCUGUUAACCAUGAUGUCAUCCGUGGUGCAACGCCACAAGAAGCAGUCUCAGCUGAGGAACACUUGCUGUGAGGAGAGAGUGUGGAGGUCUCAGCUCAAUUACAGCAUGGCUCAAGCCCACUUAGCACUGCUUUACCAAGGCCUGGACCAGCUGCAUGGAGGAGCCCUGCAGCACAGUUACAGGCAGUUUGAUCCCUUGUAUUUCUCUCUGGCCCACUCUGGUUUCCUGGUGCGAAGGAACUCACAGCUACAGCAGUCUUCUAAAAAUGAGGUUGUCUCAGAGAGAGACUCCUCUCUCUCUGGUUUUAGGGAUUAUGUGGCUACACACAAUGAGAGGAGCAAAAAGGAGGCAGUCAGAGUGGAUGACUCUGUCACAGAGGAGAGUUGCGAGGAGGGAGAUGACGCCUCUGAAAUAGUGGAACAGCAGAUUGAGACACACAAACGCACUGUUGCCUUGCUCCUGGACUCACUUAACAAAGCUGCAUUAUAUCUUCGUAGGGCUAUGGUGUUGGCACACCGUGGCGGUCACUGGACCACUCUGCAAUGUGUGUGUCAGACCCUGUGGGACCAAAGCUACAGAAUAACUGUCAUCGUACAGAGAGCUGCUCAGCUUGAACAUCCUUCUGCCAUCACAGCAGACCAGCUGCACACCACCUUCACCCCACUACUGGUGCUGGCUACUGACCUAAUCAUGGACAUGCUGAACAGACUUGGGCUGUGGAGUUUGUAUGGCAGUAACUUGACUGAGGAGGAACUAGAGUCCAGUCUUCACUUCUCCACCCCACUGGAUAACAGCACACAGGUGGACCUGCGUUGGGUCCGUACCCUGGUGUUGCACACUCUAGAGCGUCUCCAUGACAGUAGUAAAUGGGAAAGCCUGGCCCACUUUGCCUUACUUUUCAACUCAUACACACAGGAGCGUUAUGCCUUGAUCAUAACUCCUCUACUAGUUCAUGCUCAAAGGAGGCUGCUUGAAAGGAUUAGUUCUUUUGGAGGACCUGCAGUCCCUCAACCACACCAUGUCAAAACACAGAAGGCCACUGGCAAGGAGGUAACUAACAGGAGCUAUGCAGCCUCCCAGCUGCUCAGUGGGUUGACCCCUCACCCUGUAAAGCGGCUGCCCAUACAGAAAAAAGCAACACUCACAAACUCCACACCUCGAGAUGCAGUUGACCUUAAAGGUGCAGAGAUAAAGCACUCCAUGUCCCUUGUGUGCGUUCCUCUGGAUGUAGAAGACACACUGACCUGCUACCGUCAAGCCCUUGAGAAAGGACCACAUUGCCUUCAGGUCUUCCACCAUAGUCGCUCAUUACUGCUACGACUUCUUGCAUACAAAAAGCCCUGUUUUGCAACACAGUUUCAGCACUGUCAGAGCAGAAAUCAAAGCCAUUCUGCAAGCCUGGUUGACUUCAGUCCUUUAGUUAUGCCUACUCCAAACAUAGAACCUUGCGACUUGAUGGAGGAGGACUACAGUGCUCCAAAUGCUCUCUACAGCCUCCCUAUCAGCCCUGACCACAUGCCCACUGUCAUUGCUGCAUACUCCACCUCUACUAAGUAUCUCCAGGCCAACAAUCAUGACUCCCUCAGAGUUCUGGCACUGCAUGAAAUGGGAAACCUGCAGUUCUACAAUGGAAACACACGGGCAGCACACUCAUACUGGAGUAAAGCUGUAGACUGUGCCCUGCAGAGCUCAGGUGCUAUAGAGAAAUGGGAUGGUGUGUCCUUUGAGGGUGGCUCCCUGCAACAAACCCUGAAACAGACUGGCAUUUGGGGAUGUCUACAGGCUGCUGAGCUCACUGCUAAGAUUGCACAGUAUAUCUUGUUGUCUGAUAUCAGCCAGCGGACCAAGUGCUGUCUCAUGUCUGCUCACCUAUUUAAGUGUGUGCUGUAUUGCUCCCCGGCUCAGCCCCAGGCUGACCUCGAGUACGCCCAUCACAGCAUUGGAGAUGAACUGCUCCCAGGAGUCAACUUUUUCUCGGAACCCCACAGGGUUCACCUCGGCACAACUGUAACCAGCCUUAACUUCAUCUGCCACUGGCUUUACACCACAGGCUACUACAUCACGCUGCUGCCCAUACUAGCCCUUUACCUACAUUUUGUUGGGACUGUGUGCAGAGAUUUCCAGCGCAUUGUUGAGGGCAAAAUACUUAAGAUACGUGCCCUUACUGAACUAUGUCUGUUCACUGAAGCUGUGAAGGAGGCAGUUCAGCUCACACAAGGAACAGGGGUCCUUCUGCCUCAUGGACACUACAUCGCCAAAGACAACUUCCAAGUAAAACCUGCGAAGACGUUCCACAGCAACAAGUCUCUCCUGGACAAUUCUGAGGCUUUGGAGGAACUUGUGAACUGUGACUUUGCUCCAGAGGUCAGCAUGCUGUAUGGAUCCACACUGUGCCUCCGAUUCAACCUUGCUCGUAUUCAACUAGUCCUGGCACUCAGUGACACCGUACAUGGCCCUCCUGUGCCAGAUACUGUGGAAGGAGAAGCUCUUGCCAGCAUCACAAGUACUUUGGUGAACUCAAAACCCCAUGAACAGGACAUACUGGACAAUGAGGGCUCCAGUCUAAAGACAGAAAAGCCAAAAGUGUUGACCCUUGAUACCAAAAAGGAGAAGCUUACUCCAGGAAGGAUUAAGUUCCUUAUGCUAGAAGCAGCAUCCUUCUUGUUGCAGCCCAUUUCGCAGGAGCUCACAUGUCUGUCCUGUAGCGAAAUGGAGAACCUUGAACUGACAAUUGAGUUGAAUCUUGUAAAAGCCAAUCUCUACCUGCAGCAUGGAAAUGCUGCACUAAGUUCUGAGAUUGCAAGUUCAUCCUUGGUGCUCCUGCAGACGUCUCCUGUAACCAUGAGAGAAAGCAUACCUGCCUCUCAAGAACCUGUGGCUGAUGUCACACAUGCCAGGACUGGAAUUGAACAGGAUACUAAAGACUGCAGUGCAUCAAACCCGCUGCUUGGAGACUGUCCCAGAGCAGUUGAGGCCAGUGAGAGAAUUGGAGUUUCACUGUGGCUACGUUGCCGCGUGGCACUAGUCUGCAGCCUGGCUGCACACAUCCAUGGUGCUUCGACCCUUUUCCCAGGUAAGAACAUCAAUGAUGAGAAAACUCGGUUGUUACAAGAGGGUCUUGAUGAAUGUGAACGAUGGGGAGAUGUCGAUACUCAGGCCCUUUUGAUGGUUGAAAUGGCAGAAUUGGAAGCGCAGAGAGGAAAGACUGAUGACAGCAUGGCAACGCUUCAGGAAGCUGUGACCCUGUUGUCAGGACAGACGUGCAUGCCACCAAAGUCUAGUGUGACUCUAGCUCGGGCAACUUUGCUGCUCAGCGACCUGAGAGGAGAACGGAGCAUCAUGCUAAUAAAAUUGACACAAAAAUUACUGAUAAAACAGCUGUGUGUUUUUGGUCAGAGUGUGGUGUUGGAUGAUGGAAAAAUAAGGUACUCUCGCCCUGGACCCAGCAACAUCUACCUCCCUUACCUCAACAUUUUGGAACAGACCACUUUGAGAUUUGGUCACAUCCUGGAUCGACCAGUGCUGCAAGUCCCUGCUCAGUCAUUGCAAAUCACUCCAGUCCAGCCAGAUUGAGAGAGACUCUUAAGCACCAGUUUCUUCUCUGAUCAACCUAAGCACCGCUAGUCCUACAAGAAAUGUAUUAUACGCAGGAUCACUUUAUUGCUGGAAACUCCAAUUAAAAUGUAAUGGGCUGAACAAUGUUAAUAUAAAAAAGUAGAAAAGUAUGAAUUAAAAAUGUAAAAAGUAUGAUUGGUUAGGAAUAUUUUAAGUUACUGUAAGUUCUCAUUGUCCAGAGUUAAAAAUGUUUAUGUUGAAUCUGUGUAUACAUGUACAACUUUUUUGGGGUCAAAUCAAAUCUAAUGAUCCAAAAAAAGAAUCCUACCUACAUAACAAACUGGGAAAAACAUCAUAUAAAUAUAACACAGAAGAUCUUGAAUGAAGGAAAGCAUAUUUGUGUGUAUUAAAGAAAACAAGAAAUGUACACUUAAUGUAAUUUAAAACAAUGUUACCUGUUUUGACAUCCAAUGUUUGUGGGUAAUUUAAACAACACUCCAUGUGACACGCCUUUACAUUAUUCCAAUUUAUUUAAUUCUUCUGUAAGGUAUCAUUUUAUAGUCUCUCUUUUAUUUUUGUCUAGAGGCAUCACUGCAGCAAAAAAGCCCUUAGUUUUCAGGAGCAGAAAAUGUACAAACUGGGGUUUUGGCUGCCAUCUAGCGUUACUACGUGUGUUGAAAGAUCUGUUAAAUAAAUGUCAGGUUCAUUUUGAAGCUGAAAAUGCUUAUUUAUAACUCUAAGGUCAUUAAGUAAUAAUACAGGAGUUUCCCAGCA